GUUACGCGCUGCGCCUGCGAUGGAGCUCGGCGUUUGUGCGGCGCGGCGCCUGGGGCCGCUCCGGUGGCUCAGGCUUCUCUCCCGGCGUACGCCACCCUCUGCGGUUGUGGGGUCCCGGCUGCAGCUGCCAGCCGUGCGGCGGCUUCCCGCGGGACCAGCGCUCUGCCGGGCCAGCCUGACCCCGGGCUUUGUGCGUGGCCUGCAUGAUGGGCCUCAGCUAGAGGAGCGGACACCCGGCGAGGGAGUCCCAGAGCCGGGCGUUGCAGAUCACACUGGUCCCAAGUUUGACAUCGAUAUGCUGGUUUCACUUCUGAGGCAAGAAAAUGCAAGAGACAUUUGUGUGAUCAAGGUUCCUCCAGAAAUGAGAUAUACAGAUUACUUUGUGAUUGGUAGUGGAACUUCCACCCGACACUUACAUGCCAUGGCCUACUAUAUUGUGAAAAUGUACAAACACCUGAAGUAUAAAAGUGAGCCUUAUGUUAAGAUCGAAGGGAAGGAUACCGAUGACUGGCUGUGUGUGGAUUUUGGCAGCAUGGUGAUUCAUUUGAUGCUUCCCGAAACCAGAGAAACCUAUGAAUUAGAGAAAUUAUGGACCCUACGUUCUUAUGAUGACCAGUUAGCUCAGAUAGCACCUGAAACAUUACCUGAAGACUUCAUUCUUGGAAUAGAAGAUGACACUUCAUCCCUGACUCCAGUGGAGUUCAAAUGUGAAUAAACUUAGAUGAAUUGCUUUAGUCAUUUCAUAUUUGGAUUGAGUCACUUCUUGGAAAACAGUUCCUAAAUUGCACCUCCUUGAUAGGUUGCUGCUAGAACAAAUCUUGUCUACCUCAUGGGCAUUGGGACUGAUAUGCAGGAAUUGCAGAUACAAUCAAACCAAAAAUAAGUUGCUUAUCUGAGAUCCCAGUAGGAUUUCCUGGAGUUUUAGCAUUGGUCCCUGUGUUGAGCUCUCUGUUCAGAUUUUUAUUAAUUUUGCUUAAAUUAUUCUGUAUAAUGGAAUAGCCAAAGUGUUUGUUUUUAAUAACACAAAAGUACAUCACCAUUCACUGACCCUAUUACUUUGAGGUGAUAGAAGGCAGUUGUAAAAUACUACAGGAUAUUCUUUUAGUAUAGGACUUCUUACAGCCUCAGAACGAAAAGUAUUAGGAAAAACUCUUGGAACCUAUAGUCAUUAAUUUAUAUGUAAUAGUGUAAUCAGUGUUCAUGUUAAUGUGCCUUGGGUGAGAGAAAACAAUCUACCAGUAACUAUUGGUGCCUAUUUUGACACUGACAUACUAUUACUAAAAAUCUAAGUUUGUAGACUAAAUAUAAAGCAUUCACAUUCACCUGGAAACAUUACACAACAGGCUGUACCUAAUGAUGGAAAACUUUAUUCUGCAUCAAGGUAUCUGGAAAAUGAAGCUGCAUUUGGGGCACAUUAUAGAUGAGGAAUGAUCCAUACAUGGUGAGUACAAAACUCAAUUAUAGAGUUAUUUCUUAGCUAGUACCAGAUACUCCAAAUUACAAAUGCUUAAGUGAAAGUAAAACAUGAUUUGCCACACUAAAAGGCUAGAAGUGAAAUAUGGCAGAAUUUAAACCAGCAGAUAUAAAUGCAGCACCUAUUUGAAUUAAAAAAAAAAAAAAAAUACUAGAAAAAUCAAAAUAUUGAGAAAGAGCUCUGGCCUUAAACAUAUCUCACCUGAAAUCCAACCAAAA